AUGCGGUGCGCGAGCAAGGCCGCCGAGAGCGCGUCCGCACGUCUCUGUGCGGACGCCGAAGCAGAAACCGCAGCAACUGAUCUCUCAUCGGUUGCUGAAGCGACUCAGCCUGUGUCACUUGGUGAUGCAGGCGCUGGUCAUGAAGACACUCAUGUCUUCACAGAGUAUGAGCUCGGUGUCUCAUACUCUCCUGAUACGGAAGACGGAUCCGUAUCGACGGCGAUCGAAUCCAAGCCGCCUGCCAAGCGUGGCAUGGAUGAUGCUUUGCGUCGUAGCAUCUUUGGUUCAUCUGAUGAAUCAGAUGAACCAUCGCCGAAGCGAAGGCGCUCGAGGUCGCGAGACUCGGGCGCUAACAGUGGUGUCGGUUCUCCUAUUGACACCACUUCGCAACGAGGUGCAAGUCCUUCUGUCGGCACGUCGCAGGAAGAGCGGGACCGCAAUGUGUUGCGUCUCGCUCCCGAGAAGAAGGCAUGGAUGCCUCCCGAAUCCGUCAUGGAUCACUCUGGGAAUCACAAACGUGAUGGUCCCUCACUGCUUCAAGCGUGGAACGCCUACAUCCAUAACCUUGAGGAUGUAGGUCGUGACGUUUGGAACGACAAACUUAUCAAAGCUCAUGAUAAGUUUGAAAAGCGAACCCCGACAGGUGCACGCUACAAGCUGCAUCGUCUGUCAAGGGAGAAAGGAUUACCCUGCCUCUCUUGGGGAGACUCGUGCCCGUGUUGUGUGAACAACUCUGCACGAGCACCUAAGGAGGCUUACCUCCCUAAUAGCCCGUGGUGGCGCGUACGUAUCUCUAGUGAGAUGUACGAAGGUAUUGACAACUUGAAAUCCCUUUACGACCGUGCCGGGAAGACUUUCUCCGGCGUUCCUUCUGCGGCACAGGAUGUGCCGCGUCGUACUGCUCAACCAGACCCAGUACGUCGAUCAUCAGUUGGGAGCGGGGCUCCCAGGAAUCCCAGGACGGGGGAUAGCCGCGCCACCGGACGAGAUAACUCGUCCGACGUCCGUUCACGUCGUGGUGGUUCAACAGCUGCUCAACUAGAUAGCGCUGUCCACCGCGAGAGUCCUCUAAUGGAGGUGGAGGAGGAGGAAAGACGCUCUCCACACGAUCAUGGGGAUCCGUGUGUUCCCGAUAGCUUCUUUGAUCGCGUAACGCAAGGUUUACGCAACGAUCUCGAACAUGAGCGGGACAGGCGUCUCCAAAUGGCGGACACUGUCUUGAAGCAUCGAUCUGAGUUUGCCUUUGCUUAG